UACCUCACGUUCUCUGCUGGUAUUGUGUGAGUGCAAACAAGCCAUUGACCCUAAGCGCAUACCUACUGAAGUGUCCUGGGGAGAAAAGAAUGAGCCAUGGUCAGUCAUAGUAAUUCAGACACAGGAAUCUGCAUCUGACACAGCUACUGGAGGAUUUACUAAAGUUCUUGAUGGAAGAAGGAAAGUCUCUCAGUGAUAUACAAGCUUUGAUUUCUCCUCCCAGUGCCCCAGACAGUUCCCCUGAGUCGAUUAUACGCGCCAUGGGUGAGGUCUUUGCAAAAACAGUAAAGCUCCCAAGUGACAGCAACGCUUAUCGUCGCCUGCGCACUUUUUCAGCCGCUGUUCCAACCCCUGUGGGAGAGGAGAAUAUGGAAACUUGGAUGGACCAAGCCAGGCUGAUGAUAACUGAGUGUGACUGCUCUGAAAAAGAAAAAAGACGAAGAAUUGUGGAAAGUCUCAAGGGACCUGCAUUGGACAUCAUAAGAGCUGUUCGAUUUUCAGAUCCUGAAGCAAGUGCUUUGCAGUAUUUGGAAGCGUUGGAGAGCACAUUUGGAUCAUCUGAAUCUGGUGAGGAUUUAUACUUCAAGUUUCGUCUUAUGCGCCAGGGCACAGGGGAGGCUCUGUCUGAAUUUCUGAGAAGAAUGGAGAAGACCCUUAGCAAAGUAGUGGAAAGAGAGGGACUGUCCCUCAGACUGGUAGACAAAGUACGAGUAGAACAACUGAUUAGAGGGGCUGUUAAUUCUGACAUGAUGUUGCUCCAAUUGAGGCUGAGAGAGAGGAAAAAUAACCCACCUUCUUUUCUGAGUCUGUUAAAGGAAAUACGUGAGGCAGAAGAGAGUGAAGCUGCUCGCCAUAGAAUGUCUGCAAAAGCCAAAGCUAUACACUUCCAUGAAAAUGAAAGAGCCAGCACCUCUGUCAUCCAGGAACUUAAGGCCGAAAUUGAAGAAUUGAGAAGCCAAAUAAGUGGAGGUGAACCAAAAACCUUGUCUACUUCAUCAUUAGUGAUUAAAACAAAAGAAAAAACACCAAGAAGACUGAAAAAAACUGAUGAUUCAGAAGUCCAAGAGUUAAAGAAACAGGUUCAACACUUACAGCAGCAGUUGGCAGUUCUGAGUGUCAGUUCUACCCAAUACUCACCUCAUGUUCCAGAACAGCGGCCAACACCAUCCCAGUCUGCCUCCACGUCCUUAAGAUACAAGACAGCCAGGACAAGAGAUGACUACUUCUGCUACAGGUGUGGAGAAGAUGGUCAUAUUGCAACAAAGUGUCAAGCUCCACCAAAUUCUGAUCAAGUGAUUCAAAAACUGAUUCGUUCCUUGCGGCAGGCAAAGAGUGGGAAGAACGAGAUGGGUGAAGAUAGAUGUUACGGUCAGCUCAAAACUGCAAACGAAGGCCAAACCAAAAACGUAUAA